AUGAUUUUUUUGGUACUUUGUCUUGUCGUGCUAGUGUUGUCUUUAUAUUUUUGUUUAAAGUUUUUUUAUAAAAGGAGGCAUCUCUAUUUUGCCUCAUGCCAACUACCAGGACCAUUUCCUUGGCCUAUUUUUGGAAAUGGACUUUCCUUCAUUUGCGAUUAUAGAGAUGUAUUGAAAAAGUUCCUAGCAAUAUCAGGUCCUUACCCUUCACCCUCGCGGUUUUGGUUAGGACCCCGGCUGGUCGUUUUCAUAAAAGAUGCAGAUCAGUUACAGACAACGAUGCAAUCGGCAAAAUUUACUCAAAAAUCGUUCGUCUACAAAUUUCUGGAGCCGUUCAUGGGUAAAGGAUUAUUUACUUCAGGAGGAACAAAACAUAAAAAUGACAGAAAAUUAUUGCAGUUUCUUUAUGGGCCUAAAUACAUAGAAGGCUAUAGUGUUAUAUUUGAAAAACACGCCAAAAAGUUGGUGAAUGUAUUGGAAAAACACAUUGGAAAAGAUUACUUUGAUGUACUUCAUUAUAUUCAUGAUUCAGCGUUUGAGGAAUCAAUAGAUAUUUUGAUAGAAGAAAAAGACGAUCUUAACGGAACCAUUGAUUACUCGAAAAUUCCAGGAUAUAUCCGAAGAUUUUAUUACAUAUUUAUACAAAGAUGCCUAAAAUUUUGGCUACAUUCAAACUACUUAUAUAAACUAACAGGCUUUUAUAAGGAACAACAAAUGAUGGUGGACAUUUUAGAUAAAGUUAUUGAUCAUGUUAAGCAACGGCGUCUUCCAGAAACCGCUAAGCGAUUGGUACUGAAUUCCGAUUGGACAAUUCCCACAAUAAUGGAUUUAAUGACACAACUUGUAAUGGAUGAUCCAGAUUGUCUUAACGAGACAGAUGCGAGGGAUCAUUUGAUGACAUUUUUUGCAACAAGUCAAGAUACCCAAAGUUCUGCCAUAGCUUUUACUCUAAUGAUGCUAGGCAUUUAUAAAGAUAUACAGAAAAAAGUCAUCGAAGAACUCAAUGAUGUCCUAGAUAAUCGAAAAAUAAUUACUUUUGGCGAUGCUGGCAAACUUAAAUACUUAGAGAUGUGCAUAAAAGAAGCAAUGCGUUUAUUUCCAUUGGGGCCGUUUUUACCAAGAGAUGUUUUAGAAGAAUUCCAGCUAGGCAAAUACACGAUUCCUAGAGGAUGCACCGUACUUUUGGGAGUUUAUAACGUACACAGAGAUUCAAAACAUUGGGUAAAUCCUAAAAAAUUUUAUCCAGAACAUUUUACAGACGAGGCGUCUUCUAAAAGACAUCCUUUCGCAUAUUUACCGUUUAGUGGAGGUCCCCGUCGAUGCAUUGCUCAGCAAUAUUCCUUGGUAAAUAUGAAGAUCAUUAUAGGAAAUAUAUUGAUGAAUUACUCAAUCGACUGUCCAACCACACUCGAAAAUCUGGAAUUGAUGACCGAUAUCUCUAUAAGACCAAUGAAUGGCUAUAUGAUUAAAAUUUCCAAAAGAACUUGA